CUUAUAAAAAGAAAACAUUUUUUACCUCUUGAGGCCUUUAAAAUCCUACAGCUGAAACAAUGUGGGUAUCAGAAGUUCAUAUUGCUUCUUUUUAAAGGGUCCAAAAUCCAAAAGCGUUGGGAACAACACACAGUUGAAUCCCCAGUACAAAACUCCCAUUAGAAAUCUGCCCGUUUUAAAGCUGCAGUAACUGCUGGUUUGGCGCACAAGAUGAGCUCAUCGCUCCAAAUCUCCGGUGGGAAACAGAGUCAUCUCUAUUGUGUUUUCAUUUGUUAUGAGUUCUUAUCAACAACACACAACAUUAAUUAAGCAGUGUUGAUGCUUGAAAGGACACACACAGGGACUUAAAUGUGGUGUUUUCCCACAGGGAGUCUGGUUGGUGAAACUGUGUGUUGAUUGUUUCCAGUUUUGUGGAAGCCGCUCGUGUCUGUGCAGGUUUUGAGGCUGAUAAGACGCAGACUGGAGGAUUAUGGUAAUAACAGGCUGCCAAUGACUGACUGACUGACUGCUGGAGUCCCACUGCAGCCCGCCCGCCCACCCGUUAGGGCUGCGGACGCUUAUCACUGUGUUGCAGUGGGCCAUUCUUCACACAGCUACAUGACGGGCGACACCUUGAUUCACACUGCAGCUGGACAAAGAACACCUCAGCGGUUUUUAUCUCCAAACCAGGACGGAAAAAAAGAUGACCCAAUGGUGCAUGGUUUAUGUUUUAAAAGCACAAACGACUGACUGUCAUUCGCCUGAAAUGUGACCAUUUUUCCAGAGCGAGAGGGACUCAGAUAUUAUCAGUAAUAAUCAGUAAUGAGCGUCUACCUUCACGCUCAGCGUCAUCUCUAAGAGGUUGUACUGCAACGCUCGUAAAACUCUUCCCGUGUUAUCUCUUCAAAACAAAAGGACAAAAAACCAAAUCUAACCGGCGCCACCCAAAGACAACAAUCAAAGGCAAUCGUUUUCAGGUGAACGGAUGCUUUUUGUUUGGUGGCAAGGCGACAAAGAGAGCCAUUUCUGCGGCGUUUUGUACCUCACCAUCAACUCAUCAGAUAAGAACGCUGCUCUGCGGCUCCUUCAGCAGCGCCGGUGACCUUCACGUUACUGAAACCAAACAAAAAAACCUGCUUCCUGAAGCAGACUUGGGUCAGUUUUGUUCGUAUGAAUGUUUCUGCCAUUCAGACACUUGGUGCAUCUUUUUCCAGGAUGCAGAAUGGGAUGAAACUGUAUGUACAGUUGCCAAGGAUACAGCAGCAGGCGGAGGGGUAGUUAGAGGCAGUUAACCCACACGCCCGCUCUGUGUUUUCAUUUCAUUCCCACUGGCUUCUCUUUGCUUCGUCCUCAGGAAUCACUUCAGGAGACGCUGCCAAAGACGCAACACAGCCCGCUGGAGCCUGCGCUGAGGAAUUAUCUGCUGUCAGGAAGCUGCCGGGGACGCCAACUGGGGACCUGUGACGGGCAAAGGAGGGUGCUGAGCCAUGCUGUCCGCAGCCGUUCAGAUCCUGGCGUUCGCCCUGGCACUGCUGGGCGUCCUCGGCACGACCGUGGCCACUCUGCUUCCCAACUGGAAGGUGAGCGUCAACACAUGGUCCCACUUCAUGACUCCUAUCUCGCAGAUGCAGGGGCUGUGGAUGGACUGCGUCUGGUACAGCUCCGGCGUCUUCAGCUGCACCAUGAAGAACUCGAUGCUGUCGUUGCCGGCUUAUCUGCAGACCAUGCGGGCCGCCAUGGUUUUGUCCUGCAUGGUAGCGUUGUUUGGACUCUGCCUCGCCUCCCUGGGGCUUAAAUGUACCCGCUGGGGAGGCAGCCACCGAGCAAAGGGGCACACGGCCAUCGCUGCUGGAGGUUGCUUUGUCCUCGCUAGCUUCCUGUGCCUAGUUCCUGCGUCGUGGUUCACCAAUGAAGUCAUCACCGUGUUUUUGACGACAGAUUUGCCGGAAAGCAGCAAAUAUCAACCCGGAGGAGCUCUUUGCGUGACGUUUAUAUCGGCCGGCUUCCUCCUGGCUGGAGGCGUGAUUUUUUGCUUGUCGUGUCCGGGAAAAAGAUCCGGACGCCCAGACUAUCCUCCCUCCUCCGACCACCCUGACAGAUUUGUCGUGCAACGAGACGUUCAGCGGAGGCGAGAGCCGCAGAUGGACAACGUGCAGCCGAAAAACAGGCACAACCAGACGGUUCAGCUGCAGAUGGACAACGUGAAGACGCAGAAACCUCCUCAGGAGAAACCUGAGCAGAAGGCUUACUCGUCUCCCUCCAAACUCCCUCCGAAAGACAUCAAGGACAGCUACAGCCUCCAGGAGUAUGUUUAAUCCUCGCAGCGAAGCGGGGAAGUGUGGCGUUUUCAGCUGAGGAGCUGAGGCUUUCUGGCUCAUAGUCAGGGGGAGGUGGGAGGUGGGCUGGGGGAGGGAAUAAUUACCAAAUGUUGGAAAGGACAGAUUGUGGAUUCAGCCGAAUGUCGAAAAAAGCAGAGAACGCGAAGCUCUGUGUGGACAAGAGAAGCUUAAAAUAAACUGCACAGGCACCAAAACACUGUAAAAUCCUAUAAAAACUGCCGCAGCUUUCUCAUACCAAAGGUCUGAACCUGCUGAAUGUUAAAAAAGAAAAAGGAAAGCCAUCAUUUUGCAGCUGUACAUGCUGUCCGCCUUCUCAAACAGGGCCGGUCCAAAGCUUUCUGAAAAAAACAUAGUAACAUUUAAA